AUGCCUUUGGACACAAUAUAUCUGACCCGUCAUGGGCACCGCCUCAACUGGACCAUUGACUUCCGGACGGGCACAUACAGGUCCCAAUUCCCUACACCGACAGGAAACCCCGCAGACCCGGCGCUGACCUCGCACGGCGUGCAGCAGUCACACGAGCUGGCGGAACACAUUGUCGGCCCGCAAUUCCACCCGAAGCCAUUCCGUGUAUACUCGAGUCCCUUCUACCGCUGCCUUCAAACAAUCCAACCAUCUGUUGAAGAACUGAAGAGAAUAUCAGCCGGGUCUGGAAAAGGCCAACAAGAUGGCCAGUCUGGGUCAAUUGAUCCGCAUGCGGAGUUUGAUGUUCGAAUUGAAAAUGGGCUAGGAGAAUGGUUCGGCGCAACAGACUUCUUCGACCACCCGGCCCACCCAACCUUCGAAAUAAUGUCCACCCACUUCCCAACCCUCCUCUCAGAAGCCAGCCAAGCCUACAAACCUCUACUCAUCCCCUCAAGACGCGGUGAGACAAUUAUGCAGCUCCACAACCGCGUAGCAGCAGCCCUAGAAGGCAUAAUCGCCGACAUCGACGAAGAAACCUCCGCCCUGGAAGCAGAGCUUCCACCAGACCAAAGAACGAGUAAGUCCGUCCUGAUCUGCGCGCAUGCUGCGCCGCUCAUUGCCAUGGGACGGGCUCUUACGGGCCAAAUGCCGGAUGAUAGUUCCGAAGAGGACUUUAAUGUUUUCACAGCUGGUUUGAGUACUUUCAAGAGGAGGGAAGCUUCUUCUACUGCUAGUGCUGUCCAGAGCGGCGACCAAGAAGCAAAUUCCAAUGAAAAGCCACUUGCUGAGGGUACGACGUUCAUUCGUGCAUCGGGAUCACCGCCGCAGUGGAAGAAUGGGCGUGGUGUUGGGGGUGGAUGGGAUUGUGUUGCGAAUGGAGAUUGUAGCUUUUUGAGUGGUGGUCCUGAGCGUGGAUGGCACUUUGAUGGCGAGGAAUCCUUUAAUACGGGUCCUAUGGCUCCGCCUUCCGAGCCACCUGCUAAUGUCGGUGUUACGAAGCUAUGA